AAAUACCCCCCGGGGCUAGUUCACAUGACCGGUAUUGAAAAAAAGGCUCCAUUGAUAGCCAAAUUCUUUUCAAUCUAACUCUUAGUGGAGAGCUAAAAGACUGCGAGAAGACACAAGAUAAACAUGCAAACAAUGGUCGCCGGAGGGAACAUUCUCGUGUUGUCUUGAAAUUCAACUCAAACACGAACGGACAGGUUGCUUUCAAAUUUGAAAAGAAAUUUAUAAAUCUACGACAAAUUUAAGAUUCUCAUAAAGAACUUUUCAAAGGUACAGAUCUGAAACAUUGGAAAGACAAGAAAAUAAAAACGCAGACAUGGAAACACAGAUUGGUGACAAUGGAGAAAUACCUCUGGUGUUUGUGAAUGACGGAAGUGGGGAUGCUGAAGAAAAUCAUGAGAUAAAGACGACGAGAGAAAGAAGGAGGUCCCGUAUAAUGAGCGGUGUCUUCAUGGGUUCUGGCACAGGUGAAGAGGGUCAGGAAUAUAGAAAAGAAAAUAUCUUAGGGGAUAAAUCUACGAGACUUCACAAGCUGAUUUUGGAGGGAGAAGUGGAAGAGGUAGAGAAAUUGUUGGCCAGAGGCGGAGCGAUCAACAACGGAGACAAGUCAGGAAAAACUCCUCUGCACACCGCCAUUCUCUCAAAACAAUUUAAGAUUGUUGACAGGCUUCUAGAAUGUGGCGCAGACGUCACCAGGAAGGAUGACGCAGGAGAUACUGCACUGCACACUGCCAUUCGUGUUGGAAGCGAAAGACUGGUAUUAACCUUACUACAACAGGGCCGUGCAGAUGCAAACGCUCCGGGCCGUAAUUCAUGCACGCCCUUGCACCUUGCUGCGGAAAUGGAUAACGAAAAAAUUUGUCAAAUACUGAUUGAUAAUUCAGGAGACACAAAAAGCCUCGACGAUGACCGAAUGACACCGUUGGCUCAUGCGAUGGAAAGAGGCGCCGGGAAAUCAGCUGAAUUCCUCUUGAAUCAUGCGCGACAACGAGGGACGGUUGACGACUUUUUAUAUGAAGUUGAUAUUGAUGGCAACAGUCUCCUUCAUCUGGCUGUGAACAGUGGUGUACUUGCGGUCGUUAAACACUGCAUUGAAUAUGGAGUGAGGAUAAGGCAGCCCAGGAAACUAAACAGGGAAACAGCCUUUCACAUGGCGUGUGAAAUGGGAUCCAUACCGAUAGUUGAAUAUCUCGUCAGUACAGACCCGGCGCUCUGCCGAAUAACUCUUGUUGACUCCAGAGGACGGACACCUCUUCAUAUGGCUGCCAGACGAAACCAUGCUCACAUUGUUAACUUCCUCCUCGAAAAGGAGGCGAUGGUAGAUCCCAAGUCUGACGAGAGACGCACACCAUUGUUCAUGGCAGCCGAAAAUGGUGCUUUUGAUGCUGUUACACUACUCAUGGAUCGUGGUGCUGACGUCACUAUCCGGGACACUGAGUUGCGGUCUGUGUUACACGUCGCUGUGGGCCAUCCUCGCGUCAUAGAAAAUCUUCUUCAGAGUCCAGCGGUGAUGUCCCUCAUCACUGAGAAAGAUGUGAGUGGUUACUCAGCUGUACAUUAUGCAGCCAUGAAGGGAAACAUUGCGACUUUGGAGCUUUUUGUAGCGAAAAACAAGGCAGCUGCAAGUGUGACAUCAGAUUCCUUGGAAACACCCAUACACGUGGCUGGCAGAUAUGGCAAGACAGAAGCGAUAGAAAAACUGAUGGAUCGACAGAAUGCUCGAAUUCUAAAUCUACAAAACAGUCAAGGAAAAACUGCCCUGCACUUUGCAUGCAUGGAGGGGCACGAUCUUUCAGCAGAAGUGCUUUUGAGAUUAGGAGCAACCAUUGAGAGGGAUCAACAAGACCGAUCUCCAUUACAUUUAGCGGCGUCUAAGGGAUCCACGAGAUGCUGUGAAGCGAUUCUUCAGAAGUUCGAGGAUUGUAUGAACAUGGUGGAAAAAAAUAAGAACACGGCGUUACAUAUCGCGGCUAUCAACGGUCACGCUUCUGUGGUGAGCUUAUUGUUGUCUGAUAGCAAAGCGGACGUCACACGUAACAACACAAAUGAUAACAUUCUGGACGCUGCUGUUAAAGAAAAGAGGAAUGACGUUGUCAUGACGAUUGCCGGAAAUGACAGAUGGAGAGAGGUUCUGACAACGUGUUCAACAGGCGUAGUUCCGCUGCUACAAAAUCUCGUAGAAGAUAUGCCAGAUGCCUUAGUGCGGAUUUUGGAUCAGCUUGUAACAGAGACUGGAGAUCAAAACAGCAUGAAUUACAAGAUCAAUUAUGACCUUGGUUUGAUUCAAGGAAAAUUUGAAGAACCCGAAAUCAAAUCACGAAGAACCACCGAUACCGGAGAAAAGGAUUCAUCAAAAGACAGUCUUAAAGUCGAAACUGUGGAGAUGAAACGAUCUGAAAUGAACUCAUUGGCUUUAAUAGAGACCAUGGCGAUUCAUCGCAGAGAGAGAUGCCUAACGCAUCCUAUCAGCUUUCAUUUGCUGAAUACUAAAUGGAAGAAGUUUGGCUGGAUGACAUUCGCAGUCAACCUGUUGACCUACCUCCUCUUUAUUGUACCGCUGACCACCUUAGCCGUGUACACGCGAACACAUGAAGAUGAUUUGUGUGGUUUUAACUCUUCCAAUCCCAACGAGAAUAGAGAUGAAUUCCAAUGUACUUUUUCCAAUGUGGUAGUUCAGGUGUUUAAUUACUUUGUGUUAAUCACAGCAUCAGGGCAUCUUCUAAAGGAACUCAUUUCUUUAUACCAUAAGCGGCUGUCAUACCUGGAAGAUGUCAGUAACUUCUUGGAAUGGGUUUGUUAUAUAGCAUCAAUACUGUACGUCAUACCACCCUGUGACUGUAAAGCUGGUUUUAAAAGAGAAGUUGGCGCGGUUGCUCUAUUCUUUGGUUGGAUGAAUCUUAUCUUAUACUUUAGAAGACUGUCUUCCUACGGUCAAUAUGUCAUCAUGUUGUCAACGAUGUUUGUUACAUUAUUAAAGGUUCUGCUUCUUUGGAUUUUGUUUAUAAUGGCAUUUGGGACAACAUUUUUAUUGGUCAUGAAUGAUCCUCCAUUUGAUAAGUUUGGUACUUCAAUGAUGACGAUGUUUGUGAUGACUUUGGGAGAGAUGAAUUACCAUGAAAACUUUCUUCCGUGGGAUAAUCUGGCCUUCUCGACCCUCACCAAUAUUUUGUUUAUCGUGCUUGUUCUUGGAAUGCCUAUCAUAAUGAUGAACAUGCUGGUUGGUCUGGCUGUUGGUGAUAUUGACAAAAUCCAGGAGAAUGCACUUAUGGAUCGUUAUGUCCUUCAAGUUCGGCUGCUUGUGGACAUCGAAAAUUCUCUCCCAGAGUUUAUCAUGAAACGUGUGCAAGUUUACUCGUACAGCGAGUUUCCAAACCAUCCUAAGACACUUAAACAAAAGUUGAUCGAUGGCCUCGUUGGUUUUGAUAAACCUCAAGUUAGUAUCGAGGAAGAAGCUAAUGAGAUGUCACCGGAAAUGGUAAAAGUUCUGGAGAGAAUACAAAAACAAGAAGAAAAAAUGCAAAAGAUGUACGAAAUGAUGAAAGAGCAGUCAGAUUUGUUGAAAGAAAUACAAAGCAGAAAGAUAGCAGACGAACAGAAAAAGAAAGAAGAAACAAAGACGUCCAGUAAAAUUGGUUUAUUUGGAUUUUCAUAAACAAGCCUCUAAAAUCAGUUUCACUGUACAUACUUUACAUACUUUAUCUAAAUAUAGUUUCCAAAUUCCAGGAUGCUUAUAUUCUGAGCGUAAUUAUACAAUUUUUGCGUGCCCCAAUUUAGGAUUUUUUUUAGGAGCAAGGCCACACCACGACACCAGCAGCUAUGUUGCCUACUCUUUGUCAGAGUUGCGCAGGCUCUUAAACGUCUUCUGCUAACCGGUUUAGAGAAGACACAUGAGACGGAGCAAUACAGUUUUAUAUAGUUUAUCAUAAAGUUACUGACAAAUAUCUUAAAGCAGCCAGAGGCUGUAAUUGUCAGAGUCCAAAAUUUCUACCUCACUCGAGAACAUGACCAGGGGCAAGUUAUGUCGGCUCAAUAUAUCUUUGAAUUAAUUUGUCAACCGCAAGGUCACGUUGCUUUAGGGAAUCGGUGGUUCCGCUUAGGAGAGUAUGCUUAAGUCAGCCAUGAGAAGCUAUGAAAUAAACGAACAAUUGAAAUGUA